GGAAUGUCACGUGUUCAGUUCUUUUGAGAUAUUCUUGAUAGGCAAUAUUUAAAAAAUUCUAUAGAAUUAGAAUAUGAUGAUUGAGAGAUCUGAUCAAGAUAAAUGUGAGAUAAAAGAACAAAGUGAUAAACAAACAACUCAGCCUUUACCUGAUUAUUCGAUUACCGUUAAUCAUGCCCGUGAUUUUUGGUCGAAAACUUUACGAUCAGCUCGCCAUAUUUUAGCGCCGAUGGUCGAUCAAUCUGAAUUGGCAUUCCGUUUAAUGGUUCGUCGUUACAAUGUUCAUUGUACGUAUUCCCCGAUGAUACACUCUCGACUAUUUCUUGAGCAACCUAAAUAUCAGCAAGAAUUCCUUCAGAUUGAUCGAGAAUCAGAUCAACCGUUUAUCAUUCAAUUCUGUGCAAACGAUCCGGAAACAUUUCUCAAAGCUGCAAAAAUUGUUGAAUCCAAUUGUGAUGCUAUUGAUCUCAAUCUUGGCUGUCCGCAAACUAUAGCCAAACGAGGCCAUUACGGUGCCUUUCUUCAGGAUGAAUGGUCUCUGAUCUAUGACAUGAUCAAUUUAGCUGCUCGAAAUCUUAAGAAACCGGUGACUUGUAAGAUUCGUGUUUUCGAAGAUGAGGAAAAAACGAUCAAAUAUGCUAAAAUGAUUGAAAGUGCUGGUGCAUCAUUAAUCACUGUUCAUGGCAGACUAAGAGAACAAAAAGGUACAAAAACGGGUCUGGCCGAUUGGAAGAAGAUUCGCUUAGUCAAAGAGAAUCUUCGCAUUCCUGUAUUCGCCAAUGGGAAUAUUCAAUCCAAAGGUGAAAUAGAUAAAUGUUUCGAUGAGACCAAUGUUGAUGGUGUAAUGUCAGCCGAAGGACUAUUGUAUAAUCCAGCAUUGUUCACUGGUAAACCUUUGGCAGUUUGGGAUGCAGCUUAUGAUUAUGUGGAACAAUACCGAAAACAUUCAUCCUCGUUUUCAUCAAUUCGUGGACAUAUAUUUAAAUUUUUUCAUCAUUGUUUCACAUUAGAAGAAAAUUUGGAAUUGAGAAAUAUUGUGGGCAAAACUCAUUCGAUCGAUGAUUUUGUCAAAGUAGCCGAUCAGCUCAAGCAAAGAUAUCAAGUUGAUUAUGAGAAAUUUAUUGCUGAUGAUCAACAUUCAAAAGAACAUCCAAAAAAUUGGCCUAUUUUUAUUUGUAAACCUUAUUAUCGUCCAUUAGAGACAUCAGUAAUUGAAAAUUCAUCCAAAACGGACGGCGAGGAACCUGUAAAAAAGAAAAUUAAAUCAGGAAAAAAAUUAAAAGGUCCAAAAGCGCCAAAAAUAUUACGUGAACUAUGUUCACAAUGUCCACAUCCACGUGGAUUAAAAUGUGAUUUUGGAUAUUGUCGGAUUUGUUGCCGACAAAAAUCCUUUGUAGAAAAACUUAAUUGUCAAGGGCAUGGAUUUAGAUUUCGAUCGAAAAGUGAAAACGAAAAAAGUUGA